AAAAGCAAAUUAUUAGUUGUCGAAAAAGUCGACUUAAUCAUCAACCCUUAAUUCGAACUCCCAUUUUCCAGCUGCUUUUUUUUCUCCUCCUUCUAACCUCUUCAAUUACAAUCUUCCCAUUAAGCUUUCCCUAAAUUCCCAAUUAACAAAUUACGAUUUUGGUAUUUUAGGGAUUUUCCGAUUUAGGGUUUUAAAUCUGUCUGCCCUAUAUGCAUUUCAAUACCGGGAUUUUCUUGUUUGUGUGGUUAAUUACUUGAAUUUUGCAAAUGGGGUUGCUCAUUUUUUCUUUAAUUUUGCUGAAAGUUGAGUUCUUUCAACUCCAAUUCAGAUUUGGAAGGGUUAUUGAUUCCUAUUCCGUUGCUUGUGAAGCUUUUUCUGAACCCUUUCUUUGAUUUUUGACAAUUUCUUUCUUUUCUAGGAUUUAGGGUUUAGUUGAUUUUUUUCUUCUUUUUUAUUGUUUGGUUGUGGAGAGAUGAAUUGUGCAAUUGAACAAGUGAGAUCGAAAGGUAAAUUUGAUGAUCCUGAGGUUGUUGAAGAAUCACCAGACAACAGAUAUAUUCGGUAUAAUGAAAUCUUGGGAAGGGGAGCAUUUAAGACUGUCUAUAAGGCGUUUGACAAAAUUGACGGAACAGAAGUUGCUUGGAAUCAAAUUUGCAUAGAUGAUGCUGUGCAAUCACCUGAAUAUUUGGAGAGGAUACAUUCAGAGGUUCAUUUGUUGAGGAUGUUGAAGCAUGAAAACAUUAUGAAAUUAUAUUCUUCGUGGGUGGAUUAUGUGAACAAAAGUAUUAAUAUGAUCACUGAAUUAUUUAGUUCAGGGAGCUUAAGACGAUAUCGAAGAAAGCACAAGACAGUUGACACAAAAGCUAUUAAACAUUGGUCUAGACAAAUUCUCCAAGGUUUACAUUAUCUCCAUAGUCAUAAUCCACCUGUUAUACAUAGAGACUUGAAAUGUGACAAUAUAUUCAUCAAUGGAAACCACGGAGAAGUUAAACUUGGAGAUUUUGGAUUGGCGACAAUUAUGUGGCAGUCUACAGCUCAUAGUGUUAUUGGUACCCCUGAAUUUAUGGCACCAGAGCUAUAUGAUGAAGAAUAUAAUGAACUUGUUGACAUUUAUUCUUUUGGCAUGUGUAUCUUGGAGCUAAUAACGUGUGAAUAUCCGUAUAAUGAGUGUAGAAAUCAAGCACAAAUUUAUAAAAAAGUCACGUCGGGAAUAAAGCCAGCGUCUUUAGCGAAAGUUACAGAUGCUCAUGUGAAGGAAUUUGUGGAGAAAUGUUUGGCUCCAGCAUCCAUUAGAUUAAGUGCAGCUGAACUUUUGGAAGACCCAUUUCUUUCUUCUGAAAGCUUGAAAAGCCCCCCAUGUGAUCAUUUGCCGCUCUCAAAUUUUGUGUCUGAAGCACAAAGCUUGCCAAAGUCAAUUGUCAUGGAUGUAGGCCUGGCACAGAAGUUACAUAGUGAUAUGUGCAUAGAAAGCAAGAUUGGAUCUCAUUUUUCCAAUUUAGAUUUUGUGAGACGAAAUGAGAGAAACGAAUUUAGCUUACAAGGUGCCAAGAAAGAUGAUCGUUCAAUUGCCUUUUCACUGCGAAUUGCUGAGUUUACUGGUCGGGUCAGGCAUGUGCACUUUGCAUUUUGUAUUGAUGUUGAUACUGUGAUGUCAAUAGCUAGUGAGAUGGCAGGGGAACUUGAGCUGUCGAACAAUGAUGCGGCAACAAUAGCUGAAUUGAUUGCCGACUUUAUUUUCAAACUUUCAAUAAGCCAGAAAUAUUCUUUUGGGAGUUCCGCUGCACUGAAUGACUCAUCCAAUGAUACAGCUUUAAUGGUAGAAGAUCAUAUUCCUGCUGAAGGCAGUACAUCUUUGAAUCAAGGGAGAACAUCAGCCUCAGAUGUGGAGUAUAACAACGUUUUAAGAACGCUUGGCAAUGAGUCCGAAUGCGUCAAAGGCCCCAAUAUCCAUACUCUAAGCAACAAUAAGGCUAGUGUUGGUGAUGUUGUAAUGAGUGAUUGUACCAAAAAAUCAGGGAUCUCCUUUGACAGCUUGCGGAAUGUUGUAUCUAAUGAUUUCUUUACUAAAUUCUCUUCUCUGUCUCUUACCAACGCGGCAAAUGACAAAAAUCAGUUGCAGGAUCUCAAAGUGGAGCUUGAUGCCAUCAAUGUGCAGUAUCAACAAUCUUGCCGAGAACUCUUGAGAAUGAGAGUGGAGGCAAUUGAAAAUGCUAGAAAGAAGUGGACCGCCAAAAAGAGAAUGUGUACAUAGCUUAUCAACAGAAGUUCCACUCUUUUUUUUUUUUUGUGGAUGAUGUGUGUGAAGGGGGUUGUUUAGGGAAUGGUUUGUUCUCGAUUUUGGUUUUAUUUCCUUAUCAAACUGCCUGGCAGUGUUAGUGAAAUGAAUUGUUUGGAUACAUGCUCCUAGUUGGUGCCUCUGCAAGCUUAGUUUUUGCUUUUGGCUUGUGAGUUGCUCACCGGAACAUGGUGUCUUUUAACUUCUUACUUAUUGCGAUUCUGUUCUGGGACAUUCAUUUUCUUGCAUGUUCUUCUUAAUGUUAUUUCUUCUUCUUGGAUUGUUGAUUGAA